GGCGUCAAAGGGUUGUGUCUGUCCUGUGCUUUUUGUGCUUCUGCUUCUGCUCUGUGUGUCGGCUGCUUCCCAGAUUUGCUCUUCCUCCUCUCUCUCUCUCUCUUUCUCACCAUUUUUUUUUAAUCCAGAUCUGGGCUUGUAAGCUAUGGAAUCGUUUCUAUUUACAUCCGAGUCUGUGAACGAGGGACACCCAGACAAACUCUGCGACCAGGUUUCAGAUGCAGUCCUUGACGCUUGCCUCGAGCAAGAUCCUGAGAGCAAAGUUGCAUGUGAGACUUGCACCAAAACCAACAUGGUCAUGGUUUUUGGAGAGAUCACCACUAAGGCUAAAGUUGACUACGAGAAGAUCGUCCGUGACACUUGCCGUGCCAUUGGUUUCGUCUCCGCCGAUGUUGGUCUUGAUGCUGACAACUGCAAAGUUCUUGUCAACAUUGAGGAGCAAAGCCCUGACAUUGCUCAGGGUGUUCACGGUCACUUCACCAAACGCCCUGAAGAGAUUGGUGCUGGUGAUCAAGGUCACAUGUUUGGGUAUGCCACUGAUGAGACUCCUGAGCUUAUGCCUUUGAGUCAUGUUUUGGCCACCAAGCUCGGUGCUCGUCUCACUGAGGUCAGGAAGAACGGUAAUUGCCCUUGGGUUAGACCUGAUGGCAAGACUCAAGUCACUGUUGAGUACUACAAUGAGAACGGCGCUAUGGUCCCUGUCCGUGUUCACACUGUUCUUAUCUCUACCCAACACGAUGAGACUGUCACCAACGAUGAGAUCGCCCGUGACCUCAAGGAGCAUGUCAUCAAGCCUGUGAUUCCCGAGAAGUACCUCGACGAGAAAACCAUCUUUCACCUUAACCCAUCUGGCAGAUUUGUCAUUGGUGGGCCACACGGGGACGCUGGUCUUACUGGACGCAAGAUCAUCAUUGACACUUACGGUGGUUGGGGAGCUCACGGUGGUGGUGCAUUCUCGGGGAAAGACCCAUCGAAAGUGGAUAGAAGCGGUGCUUACAUAGCUAGACAGGCAGCCAAGAGCAUUGUAGCCAGCGACCUAGCACGCAGGGCGCUUGUUCAGGUCUCUUACGCCAUUGGUGUCCCCGAGCCAUUGUCUGUAUUUGUUGAUACAUAUGGAACUGGGAAGAUUCCAGACAAGGAGAUUCUUAAGAUUGUGAAGGAGAACUUCGAUUUCAGGCCUGGCAUGAUGACCAUUAACCUUGACCUCACGAGAGGUGGCAAUGGGAGGUUCUUGAAGACUGCUGCAUACGGACACUUUGGUAGGGAAGAUCCUGACUUUACCUGGGAGGUUGUUAAGCCUCUUAAGGCAGACAAGGCUUAAGAGAGUCUGCUUAUCGUUUAAACUACGUUUUAUCUUGUUUGAAACUCUGAAAUCGUUUGUGGUUUUCACUCUCAAUCUGGUUUGGUGUUCUUUAAAUUAUAUCAUGUAAUGUACUCUUCUGUCUGAUUAUACCUCAUCAGAAAGAGAUAUUUUGCAGGACAUCUUUAUUUC